CGCAAUGAACCAAUAGCAGAGCAGCUCGGCUUCACCCUCAACCAAUCAGAAUUCCGAGCUGAGCUUGAAGACACUGAAAGGGGAAGCGAAGCUGACAGUGCGGGGACCGCUGGGCACAGGACACACGGUGCGAUAGGUGCAGGCGGCAGGUCACUGCAUUAUCCAAGAUGUUUGCAAAAGCAAGUAAGAAUUUCCUGAGAGACAUUGAUGCUGGUGGUGAAUUGAUAUCAAUCUCCAGUUUAAAUGACUCCGAUAAGGCCCAACUUCUAAGUGUGGUGGCCAAGAAGAAACGAUUCUGGUGCUGGCAAAAGCCAAAGUACCACUUUUCAUCAUGUGCUUGUCUGCUGGGUGAUGUUCUGACUGAAGAAACAGCUUUAAAACCAGUUGUAGUUGAAUCGGAAUUUGUAACCUAUGAAGGAAAAUUUGGUGACUUAAUACAAGGUAAUAUGGAAGCUGAUUUUGCAACAAUUCAUGGCAAUGUUGGAGGGACUGAAAAAGUGGAAAGUCAGUCUUCUUUUGGAACCCUAAGAAAGCAAGAGGUCGACAUGCAACAUCUUAUGAAGGAUGUACAAGACAGGAAAGUAAACUUGCACCAUCCCUUCAUUCAGCAGCUGAACGAGAACAAGAACGAUAUACUGUGUAUCCUGAAAGAGAAGAUCGUCACCACACAGAAAUGUGUCAUUUCUCAACAGUCACAAAUAGAGGAGACGUGUAAGGUUGGCGGUAAACUUGGUGUUAAAGCAAAAUCGGUGACGGUAUCUGUGACGGAAAGUGGAAAUUUUAAGGAUGAGAACACCGUCUUAGAAAUCCCUGCUCCUACUGCCAUUGCUUAUGGUGUGGUGGAAUUAUUUGUAAAACAUGAUGGCCACUUUGCAGAGAGCAGAGUCCCCAAGCGUGAAGUAAGAGCCCUAAUCUUGCAAUGCUUUCGGAAAGGACGGCAGCAUGAGAGUAGUAUGGAAUUUUGUUUGUUGUCUGAAAAACAAGGAGGCUUUGAAAAGAAAUCUGAGAUGUAUCAAUGUACUACGCCCGUUCCAUAUGACACUCGCUCUUUAUGUGACUUUGACGUAGUGGAUGGGUUCAGAGAUGUAUCUGUCCAUGGGAAACCUGUUCUGAGCAAUGCUGCCCUAUCUGUCCUACAACCAGACUUAUUGGAGCUUACAAAGUGGUUUGCUGUAUUACAAGAGCUUCCUGAGCCCCAGCGUGAAGAGCUCUAUAAUCUGCUUUGUGAAAUAUUAGAGGAUGGGCAAGUAGUCGCUCAAAUACAAGCUGUGGUUGAAGAGAUCUGUUUAGGAUCUAAGCCCGGUUUGACAUUUUUGAAUGAAUUAAAGUCGUCUCAGAAAGAACGUGCACAGAAAAUAUUGUCCCUUGUAGGAUAUGAUCUACAAAAUGAGAAGCUAACGGAACAAUCUAAAAAAGAUGUGAUCGCAACCUUCCACGUCCUUACAAGUGCACUGGAUGAGAUGCCAGACUCUGCCUUGACAAUACUUGCAGCCUGCUGCAAACUUCAUCUUCUGCCAGCACUGUGUGCCCUGCCAAACAUCACAUCACAUGAAGGACUUUGUUCAAGGACAGAACCAUUGCUGUCUGAUCUGGUUGACCAAGGCACAUUUCCAAUUGUACAGAGGUUGUUCUCUUUAUCUAACGUGAGGCUGGAAAUGAAUGAAAAUGCCAUGAGUGCAAUAACCUUCAAGGAUCCUGGCUUUCUCCCACUUAUUCUUUACAUUUCAGUGUCAGGAUUUCAUGCAUUAAUAAAAACCUAAAGUCCUGAAUUAUCCUGGACGUUGUCCUUGGAUCCUAACAGAGCCACAAAUGCAUACAGUGAGCUAUUCACUAUUUAGGAUUUAUUAAAUUGUGAAUCAGUAGGUAUAAGAAUGUGUGCCAAAAGUUUACUGUUUUAUACAUAUGCAUUCAUAUAAAUGUUGCUUUUUUGUGUGUUUUUAUUAAAUUUUCAUAGGCACAAUUUGAGUAGCAAUUGAAAAGUGAACUGUUUCUGCAGAGAUACAUUAGUAGCUUUCUAGUGGCUAUUCUAGCUUGAAGUAUGUCUACCUUUUAACAUAAUGUUGUUUCAUGUCCUAAUAUUUCUAUGAAGUGUUUACAUACUGACUAAUGCAGACAAUACUGUGGUUCACUUUAGCGGGAGCUGAGCUGCUGUAACCAGGCAGUGCCACUACUUAUGGCCCCUUUCACAGCCAAUAUCUGGUUGUCACAGCCCUGCAGAAGAGCUCAUCAGCAGGGGCACCGGAUGUUGGCACCUUGCCGUACCUGGACUCUAUUAGUAUUUAGGUCUUUCUGGGGAAAGACUAAAUGACAAUUAUGCUUUAACCAUGCAUACACUACAUCCUAUAUAUAGUAUACAUAAAAUGACCAUAGCAAUCUUGACACACAGGAAUGCACUGGCUGAGGCUGGUCACUGUUGUCCUCAUUGGUUGGCUUAGUGGGCAUUUCCUGUGUGUUACGAAUGUUACAAGUAGCAGACAGGCAGGUGAGAAUCACUUUUUUAAGCUAAAUAUUAUUCAUUGUCAAGAUAUACAUUUAGCAUAGCUAGACAGAUUUGGUGUUCUGGGGUCUAGUAGAGUUUGAAAGAUAUAAUGGCCAUAUUGGUUGUCAGUCAGCUCUGCAGAAAACAGAUAUAACUAGCUGAUGGAUGAAUGUUUAGGCAACUUUAACAGCUAUUCAGAUCUUAAAAGGGUAUUCCAGGAAAAAAUCUUUUUUUUUUAUA